UUUCAGCUCAUAUAAUAUCAGAUAUCUUUUUACUGCUAGUGCUGAUUGUUUACUUACUUCUAAAAGAACUAAGGAACCUUAAGGGCAAAAUUCUUAUGGCGAUGGUGUUUAGUUUGUUUGGUUCAUUUACCGUGUUAGUAAUAUAUAAAAUCAUAAUGGGCCUAGCAAAUUAUACUAUUUCUAUGAACGAAUGCAUUGGAUAUCCCAGCGCUUUAUACUGCUUCACAUUGUCUGCGUUUUUCUGGAUGAACGUCAUGUCUUUUGACAUCUGGUGGACGUUAAGGAGAAUGACUAAUAGAGUAACAAUUAGUGGCAAUAGAAACAAUAGAAAAUUUCUAAUCUACUGCGCCUAUGCUUGGGGCUUACCUAUCGCAAUGACGAUAGCUCUCGUACUCAUGGAAAAUGCAGAUUUAACACACAUGCCGUGGAUUAUCAAGCCAAAUAUUGUAAUUAAUGCAUGUUUCUUAGAAGGUAAAGAAAAGCUGUUGUACCUCUACACUCCAAUGCUAAUUUUGAUUUUGUGCAAUUCUAUGUUCUUUCUGAUAACGGCAUAUAACAUAUGGCGUAGUGGAAAUGAAGCUAAAAUACUUCACACUGAUAUUACAAGGAAGCAAAAUAUUCAAAAGCAGAGAUUCCUGAUUUAUUUAAAGCUGUCACUUAUAAUGGGAAUAAGUUACGUUUUAGAGUUCGUCAGUUCUUUCUAUCCAGAUUUCUUAUUUUGGUACAUAACAGAUGCAUAUAAUAUGCUCAUUGGUGUAGCUAUAUUCUUCAUAUUUGUAUGUAAAAAGAAGAUAUUCAUAAAAUUAUCUCAAAGAUUUCAACGAAGAGAAACAAAUGAUAAUACCGAAUCACAUCCCAUGAACUAUUCACUAAGCACAAGUAGAAACUACCCACUUUAAUUAACAUAAAAAAAUUAAGCAAGUUCUCAUAAAAGAUAUAUAUAAAUCUAA